ACACGCACUCCCUAUUCUUAGAAAACACACUCGAGCUCAUCUUCAACCAAACCUUCCAAGAUGCCGUGCAUCAGCAGUUAUCUCGACCAGAUGGUGAAGCUGCCUGGUAGCUACAGUGAUGUGCUUGAAAAAAUCUACAUGGUGGAACAUAUCCUGUCUGAGUUCAGGUUGAACAAAGGAGAGCUGGAAGAAGUGAUGAAAAGGAUGCAGCAUGAAAUGAACCGGGGGUUACGUUUAGAAACCCACGAAACAGCUAGUGUCAAAAUGCUUCCUACCUACGUCUGCUCCACUCCAGAAGGAUCAGAAGUUGGAGAUUUCUUGGCUCUGGACCUUGGAGGGACAAACUUCCGUGUCAUGCUUGUGAAAGUGGGUGAAGAUGAAGAGGGGACCUUCAAAGUGGAAACAAAGAACCAAAUGUAUUCAAUUCCUGAAGACGCCAUGACAGGGACUGCUGAAAUGCUAUUUGACUACAUAGCAGAGUGCAUGUCUGAUUUUUUGGAUAAACACCACAUUAAACACAAGAAGCUUCCUCUUGGUUUCACCUUCUCCUUCCCUGUACGACAUGAGGACCUUGAUAAGGGAAUCUUGCUUAACUGGACCAAAGGUUUCAAGGCUUCUGGGGCAGAAGGGAACAAUAUUGUUGGUUUGCUCCGAGAUGCCAUCAAGAGACGAGGGGAGUUUGAGAUGGAUGUAGUCGCAAUGGUGAACGACACUGUAGCUACCAUGGUUUCCUGUUACUAUGAGGACCGAAGCUGUGAAGUUGGGAUGAUUGUUGGUACUGGUUGUAAUGCUUGUUACAUGGAGGAGAUGAGAACUGUGGAGUUGGUGGAGGGUGAGGAGGGCCGGAUGUGUGUGAACACAGAAUGGGGAGCCUUUGGAGACAAUGGCGAGCUGGAGGAGUUUAGGCUUGAGUACGACAGAGUGGUGGAUGAGGCCUCAAUCAACCCAGGACACCAGCUGUACGAGAAGGUGAUCAGUGGAAAGUACAUGGGGGAGCUUGUGAGGCUCGUCCUGAUGAAGCUGAUUAAUGAGAACCUGCUGUUUAAUGGCGAAGCCUCAGAGCAGCUGAUGACCCGUGGCAGCUUUGAGACGUGUUUUGUCUCGCAGGUGGAAAGUGAUUCUGGCGACAGAAAGCAGAUCUACAACAUCCUGUCUUCACUGGGCGUUCUUCCCUCUGAGCUGGACUGUGACAUUGUGCGGCUGGUCUGUGAGAGCGUCUCCACUCGCUCUGCUCAUAUGUGUGGCGCAGGCCUCGCUGGAGUCAUCAAUCUUAUGCGGGAGCGAAGAGGCCAGGAUACUCUGAAGAUCACAGUUGGGGUUGAUGGAUCUGUCUACAAGCUGCACCCAUAUUUCCGUGACCGAUUCCACCAAGUUGUCAGGGAACUCACUCCUCACUCUGAGAUAACCUUUCUGCAGUCGGAGGAGGGCAGCGGGCGUGGAGCGGCUCUUAUCUCAGCAGUGGCUUGUAAGAUGGCAUCAUGGAUCUAAAGAAAGCGGUGUACUGAAGAACAGCAGAGAAAGCUAGAACUCUGGAUGUCAAUGAAGCCUUUUCUGAGGUUCUGUCUCUGAGCAAAGGAGAACAUAGACAUUAAAAGGAGGCCUUUUAAUGUCUUGUAAACACAGACUUCGUGGUAGCACACCAACCUGUAGUGGUUGUAUUUUCUCUGACCUUAAAACACUUGUUUACUGUUGCAUUUGAAACUUUAAAUGACUCGAAAGCUCAUGUGAAACACAUGCACUGGUUGUUUGGACUGCAUAUUUUGAAACUGGAGCAAACAGGUUCAUGAACAGCUUAAAUGUUUUGUAAAGGCUGUUGUCAAGCAGCACUAAAUCAAAUCAAUUGCUUUCCUGUUAUUCUGUUUGUAAGCAUAUAAAUAGUACUUUGUUAUUGUUUAUUUAAUGUUUUGUGUUUAAAAUCUAUUUACU